GGCCGGGGAGCGCGGGCAGGGCCAUGACCCCCGCCGCUCUCUCUUGCAGGCUUGUGGCCGCCGCCCCCCGAACCUGGCCGCCACCAGCGUGCCGGGCCCUGCGCGGCUCGGCCGUGAGCCCUCCAGGAAGCGGCCACCGAGGAGCCGCCAUGGGGCUUAGACUGUCCUGCCUCAAAGGCUUUAAGAUGUGUGUCAGCGCCAGCAGCAGCCACGACGAAGCCCCGGUCCUCAGUGACAAGAACCUGGACGUGCCCAACAUCAUCAUUACUCCCCCAACGCCCACGGGUGUGACGCUGCCAAGGGACCCCCAGCGGACAGUCUGGCUGGAUGAGAUGGGGUCUUGCCCAGAUGAUGGAGAGAUGGACCCUGAAGCCUGAGGAGGAACAGCAGGAUGGCACCACCCAGGCAGCCUCUGCACCACAGCCCGGCUCUGGACGUCCAGGAGUGGCCACCCGGGCAGGUGUGCUGAGCAACUGGGUAGGGACCGCAAAUCCUGCCCUGGACCAAGACAGGGCAGCUGGAAGAAUGAUGUAUCUCAGGCCAGAGGCCCACGGCCUCCAUGCUCUCCCUGACCCUGCUGUGGUAAAGGGAGGGGACCCUGUCCUGUGGCCAUGGUGACGCCUGCCAGGGAGCCAGAGGAAGGCCAUCUUCCAAAUGAACACGCACUCCCGGGGCCCUGGUCCCUGAGGGCAGCAAGAGCUCCUCUCCAGUGGAGCGGCUGCCUUUCUUACAAGCUCCAGAGGUUGAAGCAGACCCCGCAGUGAUUCGUGGUUUCUUUUUUGCAUUGUGAAUAAAGAUCCUGCGAAACAGU